AAGAAUGUGAGAGAGUCAGUCAGCGAAAAGCUCGAAGAGACAUCUAAUGAAGCGCCAGAAUGGAUCAGGGAAGGACGUAUUGCCCUUCCCCGUAUUCUGUUUGCUUUCCAACGCAACAUCAUUCGCAAUGAACUCGGUUUUGUCAAAAAGCGUGAAAUAUGCGAUAAAUUGGAGCACAAUUUGGAAUCGCAGAUAUAUUCUGUGCUCAAAUGCUACAGAUUGGUAGAGCAGUCUAGCGGCGACUCUCUGGGAUACGUGCCUGAGAAUGACGCGUUUGUCAAUGUGAUGCAGCCUGUGCUGGUGAAUGUGAACCCUUUGGCCGACAUUCUUCAAAUAGCUUUAGGGAAAGACUUAGUUGAAGAUGGAGACGAUAAAUCAGAAAAAACACCAUCUUUCACGAGAUUUUUGCGUACGCACAUCGAUUCUCUGAGAGCGAGUAAAUCGAAAAUCUAUGAGGUUCCCAAACUGGAGCUCUGGGUGAAAUACGCACGAGCUUUGCUAGACCUCAUAAAGCCAGACUCUGAAAUGUUAACAAGAAAGCUGCUCAACCAAUACGUCAAUAGGCAGUUGCAGUUUACUAGAAUGCUCAAUGCUAAGCACGUAAAGGAAGCGAUUGCUCGGUAUACUGGAGCGUCUUCUGGCUUCGGUAAAGGGAAGGCCAUAACUGAUCGUGCUCGAAACCAAGUCGUGUUCACUAAAGCAGAACAUGAUGAGAAGGUUGCUAUGGCCAUAGCAUAUCUUGACGCAGUUUUGGUUGGCAAUCGGGAUGAAGCUGUCGCUCAAAUUCGAGCCGCGUGCGACAAUCUCUGGCAAGGCGGAAUGCGUGGUUGUGAGCAAGUAUCGAUGACUGGCAACCGCUGUCAGUUGAAGGUUCAUCCAACCGUAGGCGAUGCCUCUGUAGAUCCAUCUGCGUGGGAAAUGCAUUCGAACGACAUCACGUAUUUAUCUACAUGUUCUUGUGGUCGGCGACAAGCAGUGCGCAGAGAUCCGUUUACCUUGAAAGAAGCGAAUUAUGACUUCUACUUCGAGAAUAAGGUGUUCUCAUGCUGCGCAGGUUUGGAAAAACACGUGUUCGCUGUACUGGAGGACGAUGAUACCGAUGUAGAGAAGGGUUUGUGGCCAGUUAACGAUAACUGGGAUGAGGGCGAAGGUGGUGGCUCCAAUCCUUUGUUUCCUGUGACAGCAGCUAUGUCGCGUGAUCGGCAAAAUUCAGCAGAGGACCAUCAUCCCGUGGAAGUGGACGAAGAAGAGGGAACUGGAAGUGACACAGGCGAAGAUUCGGUGAGCAAUGCCGAGCCUGAUCCGAUUGAAAGCUCUUCCCAAUCUUCGCAAGAUGACGAUGUUCACUAUCGCAAUACGCGAUCUUAUUUGGACGAUGAAGCAGUUUCAUUUGUGAAGAAUCCUCAUACAAAGUUGGACGAGGAGGCUGCUAUUGCUUUCGAAGCUCGACUGAAGAAGCUGAGGCCAAGCAGGUUCCAUUCCUGGAAGGUGUGCCACACUCACUGUCACCAGCGUAUGCCCUUUUUUCCGUCUGUGGACGUUGUACUGUAUCCGGUCCCCAAUAAUUAUUACACGUAUUAUAUUUUGCAACUCCCCUUCAUAUAUUCUGGCCCAGCUGGAGUCUGGAUUCCUCCGGUAGGAGUGGAGCGGGUUGGAACAUUCAAAGGAAAUGCGAUUCAAGUGAAAUAUGUGCCAAUGUUGUCAAGAAGGUGA